AUGGCAACUCAUGCAUGCAUAUUGAAUCAUUUGGCUUUAGGUUUUGGUGACUACAUCACCGCCGGCACUCAAUCCUACCAGAGAAACGUGAGCAACAUUCGCGUAGAUAAAGAGGAAUACCAGGCACGACGAGAGAUUGCGGGAGACAACUUCUAUGUGGGCGUUAAUGAUCUGACUGUAGGAGCGCUUGGGGAUGGCCGGGUGGAUAAUGUGGACCGUAUGGUUAACGAUCUGGAGAAACGAAUUGAGAAGCGGCAGAAGAUGAGUCGUCGUCGUGCAUUCGACGAAGACGGCGACAUUAACUACAUCAACGAGCGCAACAUGCGCUUCAACCAGAAGGCCGAGCGCUACUACGGCAAGCACACCCAAGAGAUCAAGGACAGUCUGGAACGAGGAACUGCCCUGUAGGCAUAUAUCUGUAUUCUUAUGGAAUAUAUAGAGCGAGGUGUAUCCGUAUAUAUAUAUAUAUAUAUAUAUAUAUGCAUAUGGUUUUGUGAUAUAAGUAUACCAUGUAUGCAUAUAUGUAUAAUCAACAAGCGCAGCAAACGCUUAAGCCAAAAGGCUGAGCGCUGCUACGACAAAAACACCCAGCAGAUCAAGGGUAGUCUGAAUAAUGAAGUGCCGUGUAGGCUUCUAUCUGUACUCUUAUAGAACAUACAGAUAUAUAUAUAUUUAUAUAUAUAUGCAUAUAUGGAUGCACAUGUGGAUAAUACGCUACCGGUUCAUAGAUUCUAGUUGGCUGUGAAGGCACUGGGAUGACAACAACGUUGCCAUUUAAAGCAAGCAGCGGGUAUCAAGGCGUUAUUGACACACCAAUCAUGGUUUGUCUACCCUUACACUAUCUUAUUGCAACAUGAUGGUCCAAACGCUCCCCCUUCAAGCUGCCAUUCGCUGACAAACGCGUAGAUCGUUUGUGCGGGAAGCGGAAUCUAUUCCUGUACGGGUUCCAUGUAGACACUGGGAAUUUGGAACCGAAGGUACACAACAGCUUCUUCUGGGGAUACUCAGACUGGGGUCAACGGUAAAGUAACAUCCUGGUACGCUCUCACCUGAAGUGUAGUGUGGUAUUUCAAUAAGAGCACACUAGCUAUACAUUGCAUGGCAUGGUAGAGUUUGGCCCCUGAUUGAUGGAGGGGGCAACGAUAUACACAUCGCGAUCUUGGUGCGGUGACGAAUAUAUUUACCUCUCCUCGAUUGUGAAGGUUGUCGGUCUCGAGUAGAAAUGCAUCUGAUUAAUGUAGGUCCACGUCCAGGUAGGAGUGGGUACUAUCAUAUUACUAGACGCUAUUAUUGCAGCAAGUGUCAUGGUGUGUCGUUAGGCGGAGCUGUGCAGAGGAAUAUCAACUAGCAACCGAUACUCAGUGGAGCAUAUUACAUGGCUAAACGCAAUACAUAAGUUAAAAACCCCAGACAAGUUCCAUACGAGCGUGUACGUAUCCGGUCCGGAUUGCAGGGCUCGCGAGAGUACAGCAUUCGUUGUGGUUGUUUGUGGUAGUCGUCUGAGUUCAGUUGAAAGAGUAUCGAAAUCUGAGGCGAAGGUGGUUAGACGACGUGUGGAAGUGGCUGAAUUGUGUCAUGGAAGCCGCGUGCAUGUGAUUUCUGAAGUGAAAUAGAGAUCAAAAAUGAUCACGAGGACUACACACGAUGAAGUAAACAGAAUUAAAAUUAAC